AUGCUCAACAUUGAUAUACGGAAGGCUUUUGACUCCAUCAGUUGGACAUUUCUGGAGAAAAUGCUCAAAGGUCUGGGGUUCUCUGAAAUGUUUAUUAAAUGGACUAUGUCAUGCAUUUCCACACCUAAAUUUUCAGUUUCCCUGAAUGAAUCCCUUCAUGGAUAUUUCAAGGGUGCUAGAGGAUUGAGGCAAGGUGCAUCUGCCUCCAAGAAGGCCUCUAAACUGAAGAAUAUCCUCCAUUCAUCGGACCUCCCUGAGAUCCUGGAAUCUAGCGAAGACAGCAACAGAGGAGAUUUAUAUUCAGUUCAAAAGCUUUAUCACUGUGUUAGAGAUUUUGGUGCCAUAACUGGUUUGGAAGCCAACCCCUCUAAAUGUGUUAUCUUUUUUGGAGGUGUUGAUGAUCAUAUUAAGAGCUCCAUUAAUAGUUGCUUGGGUUUUCAGGAAGGGACACUGCCAAUAAAAUAUCUUGGAGUUCAUUUGAUAUGCAAGAGACUAUCAUAUAUUGAUUGCUUCCCACUUUUUAGAAAAAUUACGAGUCAGUUUCAGACUUGGUUGAAGUUUCAGAAAUUGUCAUAUGCAAGGAGACUCCAAGUCAUCAAGAGUGUAAUUUUGGGUGUCCAACUAUACCGGACCUCUAACUACAUAUUGCCAGCAAAGGUUCUUCAUAAAAUUGAUGUCUUAUGCAGGGAUUUCCUUUGGGGAAAAACUGACCAGGUUUUCAAAACCCCCCUUGUUGCCUGGGAAAAAAUAUGCAAGGAGAAAAAGUAUGGAGGUUUAGGCAUUUUUUCUACAGCUACAUGGAACAUUGCCUCUGGCCUCAAGUUAAUAUGGUAUAUUCAUAUUAACAAAGAGUGGCUAUGGAUUAAAUGGAUUCAUGCCAAUUAUUUGAAAAAUUCUACAAUAUGGCAAGUUAACAUGAAAUCAAGUGAUUCUUGGAUGUGGAAGCAGUUACUCUUGAAAAAUUCUACAAUAUGGCAAGUUAACAUGAAAUCAAGUGAUUCUUGGAUGUGGAAGCAGUUACUCAAGGUCAGGGAUAAAGAAAUCAUUAUUUGUGGAGGAAUUGAUAAUCUGAAACAGUAUUGCAAAGCAAAGAUAGACUACUUAGGAGAGGCAUUAUUCAAUCUGGACAAUGUUGCUUAUGCUCUUCAGCUCAGGAAUCUCGUAGCCAUCUUUUCUUUGAAUGUUACUUCUCAUGUGGUCUAUGGAAUAACAUCUUGGAUUGGCUUCAAUUCAGAUGGAAGACUUGUUACCAGGGAUGUUAAAGAGGCAAUAUUGAUCACUACUCUCAAUGGUUCAUUCUCAGAGGACAACAAGCAGUGGAUAAUGUCUCUUUGA